UAUGAAUCAAUAAUAGAAUUUGAAACCAAUUAUCUUUCCAGGAAUAAAUCAAGAAGGAAAUCAAUAAUUAGGUCGUUAAGCAAAUUUUGGAGUAAAUCCUCAAGCAUUUGGUUAAUAAGGAAAUCCUGGAGGAAAUUAAGCAUUUGGUUAAUAAGCAAAUUUUGGAGUAAAUCCUCCAUUUGGUUAAUAAACAAAUUUUGGAGUAAAUCCUCCAGCAUUUGGUUAAUAAGCAAAUCCUGGAGUAAAUCCUCAAGCAUUUGGUUAAUAAGGAAAUCCUGGAGGAAACCAAGCAUUUGGUUAAUAAGCAAAUUUUGGAGUAAAUCCUCCAGCAUUUGGUUAAUAAGCAAAUCCUGGAGUAAAUCCUCCAGCAUUUGGUUAAUAAGCAAAUCCUGGAGUAAAUCCUCAAGCAUUUGGUUAAUAAGGAAAUCCUGGAGGAAACCAAGCAUUUGGUUAAUAAGCAAAUUUUGGAGUAAAUCCUCCAUUUGGUUAAUAAGGAAAUCCUGGAGGAAACCAACCAUUUGGUUAAUAAGGAAAUCCUGGAGGAAACCUAGCAUUUGGUUAAUAAGGAAAUCCUGGAGGAAACCUAGCAUUUGGUCAAUUAGGAAAAUAAGCAAAUCCAGGAAAUAUUCAAGGAGGGAAUCCAGGAGGUUUUCAGGGAGUAAAUCCAGGUUUGCAAGGAGGAAAUCCAGGAACAGCUGGUUUUUAAGGAGGAAAUCAAGGGCAAAUAGGUAUUUAAGGAGGUUUUUAAAAAUUAGUAAGUUUUCUAGGAUAAUUUUAGAAUAAAGAAGAAUAUAAAGUCAUAUAAGUGUAAACCGAAAAAGAUAAGAUAGAUUUAGUUUAGAAUUUUAACCAUUAUAUUAAAGAGGGAAAUGCAUAGUUUGCAAUCGAAUGUUUGAAACAAAUAAUUGAUAAUGAUAUAAGAGUCAAACUACUGGAUAAAUGAAAUAAUGAUUGAUUUGAC